AUGGUUCAACGACUGCAAAGCGCCUUGGUGGGCACUCCAGAGGGAGGCAUUCGCCUCUCCACGACGGAGAUAGUCCCAGAUAUCACUGGGGACUCAGUCCUGGUCAAAACAAAAGCUGUUUCGGUAAAUCCCGUCGACACAAAGAUGAUUGGGCCCUACGUCACACCCGGUGCAGUCGCAGGCUUUGACUUUGCAGGCGUCGUAGAACAGGUUGGACCUGAAGCAACCAAGUGCGAUAUCCAUGUUGGAGAUCGUGUUUGUACUGCCAUCAUGGGGAUGAACCCUCUUGACCCUCAUGUUGGUGCCUUUUCUGAAUACACUGCCGCUGUGGAGUGGAUUCUGUUAAAGAUACCGCCUCAUCUUAGCUUCGAAGAGGGCGCUUCUCUGGGCAUUAGCUUCAUGACCACCGGCCUAGCCUUGUUCAAGAGUCUAGGCCUGCCUGGCAACCCCAUCGAGCCAGCAACUGAGCCAAUGCCAGUCUUGGUGUACGGCGGUUCAUCAGCCACUGGAACCGCAGCUGUUCAGCUCGUCAAGCUUGCAGGAUUCGAGCCCAUCGCGACAUGUUCGCCCCGCAACUUCGAUCUUGUCAAGUCCUACGGCGCCAGCGCUGUCUUUGACUACCAAGAUCCCAACUGCACCUCCGAUAUCAGAAAGCAUACCAAGAACAAGAUCAAGUAUGCUCUGGACUGCAUCUCCACUACGUCAAGUAUGCAGUUCUGCUACCAAGCCAUCGGCCGCGCUGGCGGUAAAUACACGGCUCUAGAGCCAUACUCUGAGGCAGUGGCGCGAACGCGCAAAGUUGUCAAGCCAGACUGGAUCAUGGGGCCCCAGAUGCUGGGUAAGGAGAUUCGCUGGCCGGAGCCUCAUUGGAGACCUGCCAAUGCCGAGAUGGGAGAGUUUGGUGUUUACUGGACGGCUGUCCUACGGAGACUCUUAGACAAGGGUUUGAUUAGACCCCAUCACAUCGUUGUCAAGCAGGGUGGUCUUGCAGAGGUCCUUCAUGGUAUCGAGGAUAUCAGGGAGAAGAGGAUUUCUGGCAAGAAACUUGUGUUCCAAAUGGAGAUUUGA